AUGGAGAAGACAGCUCUGGUUUUGGUGGCUUUCUCACUGGCCCUGGCCAUGGCCAUGCCAGUGGUCCACAGCACCAUUGGAGACCCCAAAGAGGUUGAUGAAUGGCUGCACAAGAUCCAGCAUGCAAAGCAGAAAAUGACCCGGUUCCACUUCUACUUACAUGACACAGUUGCAGGUCAAAACGUGAGUGCAAUGAGGGUGGCUCAGGCCUCCAUCACGGACAAAACACCCACCUUGUUUGGCCUUACAAUUAUGAUGGAUGACCCUUUAACCGAAGGACCCGAACUCACCUCCAAGCAAGUGGGUCGGGCGCAGGGGCUGUAUGGCUUAUCAGGAUUGAAUGAGAUGAGUGUUCUGAUCGUCAUGAACCUUGCCUUCACAAGUGGAGAGUAUAACCGCAGCACUCUAACCAUUCUGGGUCGGUACGGACCGUCACAGACAAUCCAAGAGACGCCCAUAGUUGGUGGGAGUGGGGUUUUCCGACUGGCGCAUGGGAUUGCAACAUCCACGUUGUAUUCCAGCAAUGCCACCAAUGGUAAUGUUGUUAUCGAGUUCAAUGUUGUGGCCAUUCAUUAUUGAGGAAUGGCGGUGGAUUAAUGUUUAUUUUUGUUUUUGUCCAUGUUCCUAUAGUCAACUUGGUUUGUACUUUGUGGAAUCUGAUGGUCUUGGCUUUGAGAAUUCUGUCAUUUGUACCUUUUGCCUUGGACAUUCGUGUUUCCAAUUAGUAAUAGUGUUGAUGGAGGAUAUGAUUUAAGUUUUAA